AUGUCAACGAAUAAAUUAUCAUCACAUUAUUAUCAAUUCGUAUCAUCGAAGUUUUUAAGUAGGAGCUCGGAGUCGUUGGCAAAGAUCGAUUCGAACAACGAUCUUCAAGCACAAAAACAACCGGCAAAAUCAACAAAAAUGAAAAAAUCUCAAACGGUUUUAAAUGGAUUCGAAUCCAAGAACGGCCCAUCGUCUCAAUCUUUGUUCAAUACUACAUCGGUAUUACGUCGUCGCUUCAGUCUUUUUCGUAUCAAACGUCCACAACAGCAGCAACAGCAACAACAAUCCGCAAUAACUGAUGCAUCAAACGAAACUUCCAAUGUGCAAGCUCUUCAACAAAUCAUUGAUCAGCUGAGACAUGAUUUACAGAUGAAAACUAAUGAACUUGAAACAAUGCGACAACGUAUUGAAAAGAAACGCAGCAGCAUUGCCGUCUCAUCCAACGAAACUAUUGGCCAAGCAAUGCAAUUGCAAACAAUGUUAAAUGCAAGACUCGAAGAAAUGCUCGUUGAAAACGAUUUACUCAAGAAAAGUAUUCAAGAACUUGAAGCUUUUGCUUUGCAGCAAAAACUUCCUAUCAUGCGUCUAUUUCGACGAUUUCGAAAACCACCAACACAAUCAUCUCCGCCUCCACCGUCUCACUCAACCACUGUACAUAAAGUCGAAAUCUGA